AUGCCACUAUAUGCUAAGUUCAUGAAAGAAUUGUUAACAAAGAAAAGAUCCUUGAAAGAAGGACAAAUGAUUGUGAUGACCAAGGAAUGUAGUGCCAUCAUCCAGAAAAAUUUGCCAAAGAAGAGGAAGGACCCAGGAAGUUUUCAUAUCCCCUGCACAAUAGGCAACAUGAGGAUUGAGAGAGCAUUUUGUGUUCUUGGUGCAAGCAUAAGUCUAAUGCCUCUAUCUUUGAUGAGGAAGCUUCAAAUUCAUGAACUGAAACCCAGAAAGAUAACCCUUCAAAUGGCGGACAAAUCCCUUCAGCAAGCACUUGGGGUUGUGGAGAAUGUAUUGGUAAAGGUGGACAAAUUUUUCCUCCCAGUCGACUUCGUCAUCCUAGACAUGGAGGAAGAUGACAACACUCCCAUCAUCCUAGGGAGGCCUUUUUUAGCUACUGCCAGGGCAUUGAUAGAUUUUGAAAAAGGAGAAUUGAUGCUAAGGGUGCAUGAAGAGCAUAUAGUGUUCCAUGUCUUCAAGAAUCUGCAAGAUUCCACCCAAGAGGAAGAGUGUAUGAAGAUUGAUUCCAUAGAUCCAAACUUGAAAGAGGCACCUGAUGAGACACUCCCAAUGCACAUAAGCUCAUGCUGGAAAGGAAAGAAAGAGGUAGAAGUGGUGCAACAAGCUCAAAGAAUAGAGGAGAAGCUAUAA